AUGUAAAAUUAAUCUAAGAAGCAAGAAUCUCAUGAUUGUAAUGAUUGUUGGUCUGCCCUUUUAUGUGGCUUAGUUGAAAUACUAAUUAAAACUAAAAACUAAGAUUAGAUUAAAUUACUUAUACCUCUAGCCAAUCAAUUUGCUCCAAUCAGAAUACAUAAAACCAUAGAAUUAUUAAAUUAAAUGAUUAGAAAUCCAAAUAUUACUCUCUUCUAUACAUUAGUUAAUUAAGAAGAAUCAUCAUAAAUAAUUAAGAUGCAUAUUUUUGCAUAAUACAAAAUAAUUGCUCCAUAAAUAUGUAAUAAGGAUAUUCUAUAGAAAUUGGGUUAGACAUUCAAAGUAGAUAUGAUCUUUUUGACAUAUAAUACUUCCAUUUCUCUUUCAAAUAGUGAGAAUCUUCCAUUAAUACUCAAAAUUGUAUAAUUUCAAAGUCAUUAUACAGUGGAGACUUAAGAAAAGUAAAGGAGUCGUUCUAAUUCAUUAUAACAUGAUUUUAUAUUGGAAAUGAAACAAGAAUGUAAUGGUUGUUUAAGAUCAUUUGAUUAAAUUGAAUUGAAUAAAUCAAUAGCAUGUAGUCAUACAUAUUGUAAAUAAUGUUUGAAGUUGUAUUUCAAAUUGGGAUCCUACUUUAUUUGUAGAGAUUUCUAUUGUAAAAUAGAACUAAGUAAAGAUGAUUUUCCAUUUCUUUAAUUAUCUCCUCUAAUGGAUCCUUAUUCUUAAGUCAAUAAAUGUUUAUAGUGUAAAUUAUCAUAAGGAAAACUCUACACAAACAAAUGUGGACAUACACAUUGUGAAAAAUGCAUCAAAGACUCUUUAAAUAAAUCAAAAUAUUUUUAGACUCACUUUUGUUUAGAACCUUCAUGUACAGAAAUAUUGAAUAAUGAAUUAAUAAGAAAUAAUAAUAGCAAAGAAAUAGAUGUUAAUCAAUUAUUAUAAAGAAGCAAUUCAAUCAAAUAAAAAGCAUCAGAUUUUUGUGACUUCUGCAAAAAAACUCAAGAAUAAGGAGUAAAAAACAAAUGUGGACAUUAUUAUUGUAAAUCCUGUCUAUAAUCUUAAUAUCAAUCUAUAAUAACUUAUGGUUUAAAUAAAAUAGUUGAAUGUCCCUAAUGCAAUUCUAAAUUUAACAUAGACACUACAUUAGAAGAAUAUUAUAUCUAAUUAUAGUAAUUAUCUACCCCAAGAUUAAACAAGAUGAGAUCGAUCUCCUAAUAAUAGCCAGAUCUAUAACCUUCUCCAUCUUUGGGAUUAAUCUUGAAUCCUUAAGACUAAGGCACUAGAUUAAAGACAAAUGAAGAUUAAUAAUAAUAGAAUUCAUAAUUAAAGAGAUAAAAUAGUAUUGAUUUAAAGAGUAUCUAUAAUGGAGGAUCUACUCCUAGAAGAAUUAUUCCUCAGAUAUCUACUAGUAGCAGAAAUAAUUAUCCUUAGACACAACAAUCAUUAUAGUUCCAUAGGAGCCCAUAAUUCUUUUGA